CGGAGUACGCUCGCUAGUCUGACGUACCCAACGUUCGUGAUAAACGCUCGCCGCAAGCUUGGCGCCGCGGCUGCUGUGUAUGUGGGUAGGUGUAGAUCGUGCGGGUGAAUAAGAGUGCAGUCGCUCGGCUGUUUUGACAAAAAUAAUAUAUUUAUGUAUAUAUAUACAUCGUCUUUUCAAACGUCGCAGUUUUCUAGCAGUGGAAUUCAUCUCGCCAACACAUCCAAGUCGGAAAACUACGGAAGUACUCCACAGAAAUUUCGUCUGUCCCUGCCAGCCAAGAAAAGCGACCUCAAUUGCCGAGCCCUGUCGCCCACUUGUCACCGUCGCCCACAUUCGUACCGUGCGUGCGUGGUUGCUCUGGUUUGUUGUGCACCGACACAGGACGACCGCACAGGCGGCUCUGUCAAAGAAACAGGUAUACCUGACAGGAAGGCUUCUUUUUGAAAAGGUGAGCGCAGCAGGUGUUGAGAGAAAGAGAGUUGGGACGAGGCAGGAGGAGAACCUGGCGCUCGUCCUCAGCACCGGGGUAUUUUCUAGUCUUCGAUCGUCGGGUGAUCGUCAGACGCUGACGGUCGGUCACACCCGGGGUGAGGCAGGAAUAGGGCUGGCAGUGAAAUCAAUGGCGCGAUCAACAAAGAAUCCGACGGACAAGUCUGGAAUAAAUGGUGUUGGGGAUGAUAUAACGACGGCAAGAUGUCUAAAACGAGGCUGAACUUUGAGGUGGAAGCUAAGAUGAGAGUUGAGGCUUUUGUCCCAGAGCCUGUCCUGCAGACUUGACAAAUACAGGAAGCGACCUUUGGUCUUCGAAGCAGCACAGGGAUGAGCCCGGACUGAAAGGAAUCUUCCUUCUCCUCCCCACUUGACGACGAACGACUGAGACGGGUGAGGGGAGGGUGCAGAGGGGAGAGAACUACAAAGGGUCCUGACGAUGAGAGCGCGAUGUCGCUGGCGGUCCCUGGGCUUGGUCCUGCUCGCCCUUAUCGUCGCCUUGAACAUCUGCAUCAUCUUCACGCUGCCGGAGGCUCUGAAGAGCGAGGUCUUCUCCGCCGAAGACGUGGGCAACGUCCAGUCGCUGUACGACAGCCACGACGACAACCACUCGCGGGGGCUGGCCUCCCACCUGCAGCUGCCGCGACGUCACCUCAACAAGAGCAACUUCACCUCCGACAGCUUUGGCACCGACGGCAACGGCAGCCUAGCAGGAGGUAGGGGCGGCACGUUGGUGGCUGCCGUGGGAGGAGGAGCAGCCUGGGAGGAAGGCGAAGGGGGAGAACACCCCUCGCGUAAUGAGCGACCAAAGGGAGAUAAGUUCGCCUCCACGGAGGAGGGCAACGAGGACGCUGCCGAGGACAUCUCUUCGGCCGAGCGACGAUCGCGUCUGGAGGAGACCGGAGGGGAGGGCAACUCCUCGUGGAGAGACUACACGGACUCGGCCGUGGACACCUUCGUGGACAUGCUGUGGAACAAAGAGAUGCUGGACGUCCUCCAGGACUUUGAGGGUUUGGAGCAGGAGGACUACUGGGCUUUCAUUAAGCGACAGCGCUUGCGGCGCAACAAGGGCGUGGCAUUGGCUGCAUACAAAGAUUACAAGCCGAUGACCAACUGGGAAAAAUUUCACGUGGGAAUCCAUCAACAUUAUUUGUAUGACCCGGAUGAUCCAGCUAUUGCAGACCUGCUUGAGGACAUGGCCACCAAAGAGGUUGUAGAUAUAGAGCAAAAAGAGGGAGGAACCCAGCUCAAACUACUCGUGACUUUUGAAGAUGAAGGACAGGCGUUGUUCAAACCAAUGAGGUUCCCGCGCAACACGGAGACGCUACAUCACUUCUACUUCGCGGACUUCGAGAGACACCACGCUGAGAUCGCAGCCUUUCACCUGGACAGGGUGCUAGGGUACAACCGGGUACCUCCAGUGGCAGGACGAAUCUUCAACAUCACGAGAGACAUCCACCGACAUGCGGACAGCAAGUUCGCGCGCACUUUCUUCAUCUCUCCAGCGGGAAAUCUGUGUUUCCAUGGACACUGUUCCUAUUACUGCGACUCCGGCCACCCGAUUUGCGGCCACCCGGAUAUGCUGGAGGCCUCUCUAAUGUCCUUCCUUCCGCCGGAAAAGAUGGCGAACAGACAGACAUGGCGCAAUCCCUGGAAGCGAUCCUACAGCAAGCACCGCAAAGCCUACUGGGAAGUCUACGAUGACCUGUGCGAGAAGGUCAAGGACCGAACACCUUACGACACUGGUCGGCUUCUGGAUAUUGUGGACAUGUCAGUCUUGGAUUUCUUGAUGGGCAACCUUGAUCGCCAUCACUAUGAAACGUUUCGGGAGUUCGGUAAUGACACCUUCCUCAUCCACCUUGACAACGGCCGAGGAUUUGGGAAGUCCGCGUUAGACGAGAUGUCGUGCCUGGCUCCCAUGAUGCAGUGCUGCUCCAUCCGCAUGUCGACGCUGCAGAGGCUGGUGCGUCUGUACCGCGGGCCGCAGCGGCUGAGCGCCGUGAUGAGGGCCGCCCUGCUGCACGAUGCUGCGGCCCCCGUACUGCUGCAGCCGCAUCUGGACGCCCUGGACCGGCGCGUGGCCAAGGUGCUGCGAGUCAUCGCCGACUGCGCCAGCAGCAAACCCAUCCACGAAGUCGUCGUAGAUGAUGGCGUGUAUUGACCUAAACCCUGACUCUCGGGAGGUGAAGAAGACGAAGAAGAAAAAGAAGAAGAAGAAGAAGAAGAAGAAUUAUUUUUGUCCGUGGUUGCAAAUAUUGUCACGGUGCUUCAUGUUACAGGACAUUGGUCUUCAAAAUUGUCUGGGAACAAACAAACAAGCAAACAAAGAAUUGAACGCAUUGAAUGCCCAGUUACUCAUCUGGAAAUACGAUGAAAUUCUAUUUUAGAAAUGCAGUGAACACCCCUUUGUCUCAUGUAGUGAUUCGUGUUAUGUCUCAUUAUGGAGGGACGAGAACUUGAGGAAUGUUGUGCCCUCGCCUGACUUUCUCUCGGAGAACAAGACUCGUACAGUCAAAACCAUUUUGUGCUUUGGCUUACGGAUAUCUGAAGCACAAUUCCUUUCUACUUCGAAUCCGGUGUGUGCGACAGACUGAAAACUUUUUAACCAGUCUGCUUCAGAACAUUUCAGACUUUACGAAUAGUUCGUACUUUUGAGACAUUUAAGCCUUUUGGGACCAAAGUUAUUCAACAGGACGAACUGCUCGCUGUUUUGUGGACUUUUAUGACAGACGGUGGGAUUUACGCAUAUGUGACUUAUUUAUGGUGAUUUGGUGUACAUUUUCGUCUGUGAAAGGGAAUAAGUUGCGAAAAAAAAAAUUAGCAAAAACAAGGAGCGUUUACUGAUGGUCAAGUAGGUUCUAAAGAACAGACAGUUGUCGGAUCCAUCUUGUCCGACAUGAAUUACUUAACUAGAGCCCUUUAUAAUGAUAAGGUGUAUUUUUAAAGAAAAAAUAAUUUAGAGAAUUAUAUUAAGGGCAGCUUGAGAACGGUCCUCCUGAUGUUUGAUAUCAGCCGCGUUUAUACAGCACGUGCUGUGUCGGUCAGUGGACACAGUGCACCACUCACCAGUUUCAGAAAGGACGAAAAGUUGCUCGAUUGUACAAGUGUGAAAGUAGUUCGCUGUGUUAUUUCAGACAAAGAUGAAUGCUAUUAAAAUAAAAACGCCAAUAAUAUAGACCUUAGAGACAUUUCUCUCGCAAGGCCUGCUGGGAAGACGUUUGAUCUCUGUGCCAUUGAUGUGUGUCGUGUGCAAACCGCGCUGCUGAUCAGUGCGCAACUUUAGUUCUUUGUAAUAUAUUAUUAUUGCAAUAAUUACAUAAUUAUACAGAACUGGACCAAACUAAAGUGUAAUUUUUAAUUAUUUCCGCCUUGGAAUCAGCCUCGCCAGACAUAUUGUGAAAUGGCCGAGAGCGGCGGACACACGACCUACUCGCUUCCAUGUUCACAGUCCCUGAUCAUGUUUAUUGAAAACUCCGAGGAAUAUAUAUAUACUCUCAUUUAGGUGAAGAUCAGACUUUGAAAUGAGGAGUCAAUGCAAACUUUAUCUGUGAGUUUGAUUGCGCGUACAAAUGUGUGUGUGUGUGAGUGAGAGAAAGAGUGUGUUUACAUGAACAUCCUAUAAUUAUUAUGUAUGAGUUUCUUUGAUCUUUGUCGGCGGCGAUGGUUUCAUUGACUUUUUCAUUGAUUUAUAUUUGGACGUCGGUAUCACUUUGUGUUUCUUCGUACAUUAUGACUCCAUGAAACAUGGCCGUUGUGUCGGUCGGUAAGUGCCUUUAAUUCUUUGUAAGCGUUUAACUGUAAACAAGUGAAAUGACUCGUGACUGCCGGCCUGUGUUCAUGAACUGUCGGCUGCAAGCAACAAGUUUUAGAUAACUCAACUGCUAUCGACUGCAGGAAAACAGUUUGUAGAUGUUGCCCGAAAUUAACAAUUAGUGGUUUAAGUGGCGAGUGUCAGGCAGUGUGUAAGACAACGUUUAAUUAAAGCGCUAGUAGGGUGUAAAAUGUUUCUAAUGAGCGGGAAAGUUCAGUGCAAGAUGCUUUUUCCCCAGUUCUGAGUAAAUACUCCAACGAAUAUCACCAUGCACAGAAAGAGGACAAGAACCCUGACGUCAGCAUAGUACUAGGAGACGUUUAUGUGAAAAAGCUCAGUCAAUGGAAGAGCUGGGAAAUAUGUUAAUUAGGAAUAUCAUGGAGUCACGAUUUUGACUUCUUUCUGUGCAUGGCGAUGUUUGUAGAGGUCUAAACUUUCCAAAAUUUUAACAGCAGAUUUCAAUUUUAGCUUAACAAGACUUCAGUUCUAUUGAAAGUGUGAGAAGGACUUCAAUCCUAGCUUUACAUGAUAACAGACCAGUUUAGCAAACAUUUGAUAGUAAACUUUGUUUACUUGAAGCGGAAAUUAACUGUCGAUGGACGUUGAGAUUUUAUAAUCCCUUUCGACUUCACUUCAACUUUAGCAAACCCUAAAAUUGUUGAUUGCCUUCAGUGUUGACAGCUCUUAGUGAUAAUAGUGAUGUCAGCAAUUUGAACCAAAGAAAGGCCACGCCAACAAACAAACGAACGGAGGAAAAAAGUAACAGAAAUAAGAAUAUAACUACACUGUUUAUUCAAACCAGAUUCUGCCUGGUGAUGGAACAACCACGUAACCAGAUUAGUUCACUGCAAGAUAUUACUGUAAAUUGUUGCUUAAUUCCACAUUGUUCUUUGUAUAAUCAGUGAGUUUGAUGGGAACAUAGAGGGUGAGCUGCGUGGACCACGCCAGCUAUUUCCACUGACAGCUAGGAUGAUCGAAUAAUUGGUUCAUAAGCCAAAAUAAAGUGUGUGUGUGUGUGUGUGUGAGAGAGAGAGAGAAAUAUCCAGAUAGAAAAAAAAAGAUGACCUAUGUUUGACAUGAACUUAAUCUUAAGUAUGUGAAUAAGAAAUGUCAAUCUUCGUGAAUGACUACAAACAUCUGGCUUAAAAAUUGUGAACAUUCUGUUUAAUUUACAGUUCAGACCAAUGUUUGACAUGUACAAGGAGUGUGAACAAGCUUCGAUUACUUCGGAGUGAAAGCAGCCCACUGCUUGACCCGCGACUGUUUUAGUCAGUGAAUCAUGACCUUCGACCUCCAGACUGUCAACACCAGCGAUUAUCUUCACACCCUUGUUGGUGCUUACAAAUUGUUCUGUCAUGGUUGUCAUGUAGCCUCAGUAGUUCUCCGCCUUCAGUUCGACUGGAAGCUUGUCAUACAACUUGUCCUAUGGGAAAUCAUUAUGUUCUCAGCCUCGGUGCCAUGAGCGUUUUAAUUUUCAUUUAUUAUAUUUUUUGUGUCCUUUUUUGUUCACGAAACUCCCUGUAGGGUUCGUUCACCGUCUGAAAAUUACUGGAACUUGUAUGUACAAAACACAGGUCAAGGUUCGUGCUACCAGCUUGAAUGUAGAUGCAGGAGACGUUGGAGACAAUACUGAGCUAUGUAUAGACGAUAAUGGAGACGAUAAGGACUAUGUAUAGUGUUGAUGUCAUUCUUAGUGCAAAUCUGAAGUCCAUGAGUGCUGGACUACAUGUGAAUGGACCUGAGUCUGUGAUGGUAGAGAUGCUGUGAGGUUGGCAGCAUGGAGUUGCUGUACAAACGCCUUCGAAACGUUUAUGUCGAAAGGCGUGGUGAGUGGUUGUGAAUUGAGAAUAACUGUCGAGAAAGUACUGUGUAGUGAUCUUUCCCCAGGACUAUUGAAAAGGAUCGGGAUCCCUUCGCGAUGAUGUAUUUCGGUCGUCAAACACCGAUGCAUCAUGGAACUGCUGACGUGGGCGGAAGUUUAUCAGCGUUUGUUGACUGACAACAGUAAAUACACACAUACACUCUGCGUCCAGAUGAUUGGUUACUCGGUGUUUCUUGAUGAUUAUUUUCCGUUGAUACGACGAGAUUGUAAAAGUAUUUUAACAGUACUUUAUGUUUACUAGUUUUUUUUUUAAUUUACCUUUAAUUUUUUUAUUUUUUUAUUUUUUUUUUUAUAAAUUUUUGUUAUUUGUUUAUUUACCCUUUUAUGGGCUGUGGCACUUUAUUACCACUGACAGACCAACAUGGUGAACUUGUCUGAAGCACUGUCUCCCGACUCUCUUGCGGUGCUGCCACAGUAAUUAAAAAAAGUCUUAUUAUUUAAGUUUACAAUUUAUGACAGACCCAUGUCGCUAAACCUUUGUUAAGCUUUCUUUCUUAUUUCGUUCCAUCCUUCAUUAAGUCUCAUUUUCGUUUUCUUUACUCAGUGUUAGGCGUCUGAGGAAAACGGUUAAGUCCUCUUAGGGAAGCCAUUCAGUGAAUGUGAGUCUGUUGAGGUAAAAAAAAAAAGACGUUGCCGUAUUUUCCUGACGUCUACGUUACCUUGGCAACUACUUUCAUCAGACGUUUAAAAAAAAAUGAAGUUUUUUUGUUGUUGUCUUUGUUGUUGUUUUACGAAAAGCAUCGUUGAAGAGGAUCUUUGACCAUCAGCACGAUGCUGUUUGCUGAGCAGUUAUGGGUGGAACAGAGCUUUGUGUCCGACCUUGAUUCCUAAUAAACGAGAAACAGGUUUUCCUUUUUUUUUUUUUUUAUUUCACAUAAGGGUGGUGGAGGACAGGUUGUGAGGUCUUGGACUGAAGCACUGAUCUCUGGGAUUGGGGCAGCACGGUGAAAGGUCAUGAUUCAGUUCUGCGGACAUCGGAUUUCGUGAUAGGGCUGCGGGGUUUUGUUUUGUUUCUGUUUUGUUUUUGUUUGGGGGUUUUUUUUUUUUUUUUUGGUUUCUUUUUGCUUUGGGUUUGAUUUUUGUUUUGUCUUUAAUGAUGUUUCUUUCGUGAAAACAAGGAUGAAGAAAAUAUUCACUGGAAAAUUUACUACAGCGAUGCGAUAUCAAAGAGAUAUAAUUAAAUGAAUGAAAGAGUCGAUGGAUCAAUGAAUAUUUGUUCAAAGCAGCGUAUUUUCCAAAUGGCGUUCAGAAUUGAUUGUAAGUUUGGCCAUUCACAUGCAACAUUAUUCCUGUAACCCUUUCUUCGCCUUCGCAUCUGUGGCGAUGGAGUGGAACAUGUAGUGUGACUGAGAAAUCCAUUAGAAACUUGGCUUGUUUGGUUUCCUAACACUUUUAUGUUUGCCUACUGUCGUAUAAAGUUCUAGAUUUUUCCUUUUUCAAAUCACAUCCUUUCUUUCAUUGAUCAGUGAUAUAAUUUGUCGAAGGAAAUGACCGAACCUUUCGAACCAGCAGCGAGAAACUCUGACCGACUAAACUGAGCAUUUUGCCAGAAAGAAAUGUCAGAAACAAAUAAAAAAAAAUAUUUCUUAAGCCUGGUGUGGGGAUUUUUUUUUCAAAACAAAUCUGCCUCAGUGCACAGAAGGUAGGAAGAUGUUUGCAACGGAAGCAGCUUCCAUUAUGUAACGAACCAGCACAGCAUAACGAGAACAUUCUCCAUUCUGAUUUUUUGAAUAAAGCAGCCUUGUAGUUAUUUGAUGAACAGAGCUCACGUUAUCUGAACACGCAAACAACUAUCGCAAAGCAGUUGUUGAUUACGAUGGUCCUUUCGGGGGUUGUGUUAACUGAGAUGAGGCAAAAACAUUUACCGAUACGAGGGUUGUGACUUCUAUUUUUUCUUUGCCUUUUUUGUGUUCACAGACCCAAGCAACAUGGUUCAUGUGUGAUUGCUCGCGUGUGUGUGUGUGUGUGUGUGAUUGCGUGUGUGUGUGUGUGGCUUUAAUUUAACAUCUGUUCCUUGUGGAAUGUUCCUCUGGCCUGCUGAUGCUUGUUAUCGCCGAGUCUCAGAACCAUAUUAUUAUUAUUGCACAUGAACUCUGACUCUGGUAGAUAGAUAUUUUGUUGUGCAGACCAGGAUGGGAGAAAGAGUUUGGUCAUUAAAAUGUACAAAUCUC